CGGACGUGUUGGGGCGGCACAGGAGCCAUGUCGGAGCAGGCUGGGGACCCCAGGCCCAUCCCACGGAGCAGUAAGGCCUGUCGCCGCCUCUUCGGCCCCGUGGACAGUGAGCAGCUGCGCCGAGACUGCGAUGCCCUCAUGGCCAGCUGCGUGCAGGAAGCCCGGGAGCGGUGGAACUUCGACUUUGUGACUGAGACGCCGCUGGAGGGCAGCUACAUCUGGGAGCGCGUGCGGGGCCUCGGCCUGCCCAAGAUCCACCUGGGUCACCAGGAAGACCUGGGAGGCAGCAAACGGGCCGGCACUUCGUCAGCGCUGCUGCAGGGGCCAGCACAGGAGGACCAUGUGGACCUGUCGCUGUCCUGCACCAUCCGGUCUCCCUCCCCUGAGCGGCCUGAGGCGUCCCCAGGUGGGCCUGGCACCUCUCAGGGCCGGAAGCGGCGGCAGACCAGCAUGACAGAUUUCUACCACUCCAAACGACGGCGGAUUUUCUCCAAGAGGAAGCCCUAAUCUGCCCCCGGAGGUCCCACACUCCUGGAAACAAGGGGACCCCUCCACAACCCAUGCGGGAUCCUUCUGCAAACUUCUUCCGUAGCCCUUCAGUCUGUGCGUCUUAAUUAUUAUUGUGUUUAAAUUUAAACUCUUCUUCAGUACAUACCCAGCUUGCUGCCCCCAUGCCCCACCUCUCUCAUUAGUAUUAUUU